CUUCUACCUCGCUCCUGCUUCACCAUGGAAGACGCUUCGACCUCGACUCACCAGGAGGGUAUGACCUCUAGGGACUACUAUGCAGACUCGUACGCCCACUUCGGCAUUCACGAGGAGAUGCUCAAGGAUUCUGUCCGUACGGGAUCCUACCGUGCCGCGAUCAUCAACAACCCCCACCUCUUCAAAGGCAAGACCGUGCUUGACGUCGGAUGUGGAACCGGUAUUCUCAGUAUGUUUGCGGCCAAGGCUGGCGCAAAGCAUGUCGUCGGUAUUGAUAUGUCCAAUAUCAUCGAUCAAGCCGUCAAAAUCGUUGAGGCGAAUGGUUUCUCGGAUACCAUUACCCUGGUAAAGGGCAAGCUCGAAGAGGUCGACCUCCCGAUCAAGGAGUACGACAUCAUCAUCUCAGAGUGGAUGGGCUAUUUCCUGCUUUACGAAUCCAUGCUCGACACCGUCCUCCUUGCACGCGACAAGUACCUCAAGCCGGACGGCCUCAUUUUCCCUGACCACGCCACUUUGUACCUUGCAGCUAUCGAGGAUCAGGACUACAAAGAGGAAAAGAUCAACUUCUGGGACAAUGUCUAUGGGUUCGACUACUCGUGCAUCAAAGACAUCGCGUUGCGGGAACCUUUGGUCGAUACCGUCGACCUCAAGGCAGUCGUGACUGAUCCUUGUAAGAUCAAGCACAUAGACAUCCGGACAGCCAAGAAGGAGGACCUUACUUUCAAGGCCGACUUCGAGUUGAAGGCUACCCGGAAUGAUUUCGUGCACGCUUUCCUCGCAUGGUUUGACAUCGACUUUGCUUGCACCCACAAAAAGGUCCAGUUUUCGACAGGCCCUCACGCAAAAUAUACCCACUGGAAGCAAACUGUAUUCUACACCCCCACGACAAUCACUAUAUCCGAUGGCGAGUCGAUCAAGGGCACGCUCACCUGUGCUCCCAACGCCAGGAACAACCGCGACUUGGACAUCUCAAUACAAUACGAGUGUGGAGACCAGGCGGAGACCAUCGACUAUAAGAUGUACUGAUUUUCGUUUGUUUUCUUCAUCGACAUUGUAAUGCUUCAUGAACGUCCCCUACUUGUGAGAGGGCGAUUGCGGUUCGUACGAGUAGAGAAAGCCAGAUGUAUUCUUCGC